AUGCAUCGCUUUCUUGCUGUGCUGGAGUCAUCUAUUACCGUCACCGAGCAAAACCGGGAAGAUCGAGUUCGGUACAUCAUGCGCCCAAAAAUAUUUGAUGAUGUCGAACUCGAACAGCUACGACGUGAGGCUGUUCCCUCAUCGAAUGAAAAUACCACGACAGGAGAUGCGGCUAUACGAAUUGAAGAGCAAACCGCACAUGUAGAUACCACCGUAGGUCUCCUUGCGGUUGACUCAGACGAUGACGUAAUAGUCGCCCAGGAACAAGAGCAAACGAGCAGAAUUUGCAUUGAAUACCGAAAAUUGUAG